AUGCGGCCUAUUUUCUCAAUCUUGCGUAAAAGCGCUCCAACAGCAUGGACUCUGCCUACCCGUGUGGCCCGAAACACCAACGCGAUAUCGAAAUUGGACUCGAUCUGCACUACAUGUCACCUACAGCAACGGCGUCAGUUCACGAAAACUCGGGAACUGACUGAGGGGGCCUUUGAUGUUGACAAUCCUGCAAAACUUGUGCGGGUCAAUCAGAAACAUGGACCUGGACUCAUCAUUCUUGCUUUGAUUCCGAUUAUUGCUUUCGGCCUUGGAACGUGGCAGGUUAAGCGAUUGGACGAGAAAACCAAGAUUGUUGCCAAAUUUGAGGAUCGCCUGGUCAGGCCUCCUCUGCCGCUCCCGCCGCGCAUCGAUCCAGAGGCCGUUGCCGAAUUCGAUUACCGUCGCGUCUACGCUACAGGUCAUUUCAGACAUGACAAGGAGAUGCUUAUUGGUCCUCGCAUGUGGGAGGGAGAGGACGGAUUCAUGGUUGUGACUCCCCUCGAGCGUGAUGACGGUCAAAGCACAGUUCUCGUGAAUCGUGGCUGGAUUUCUAGAAAGAUGGCUGAUCAGAAGGAUCGGCCUGACAGUUUGCCAGAAGGCGAGAUUACGGUGGAAGGGUUGCUCCGAGAGCCAUGGAAGAAGAAUAUGUUUACACCGGAUAACAAGCCUGAGGAAGGGAAAUUCUACUUCCCAGACAUCGAGCAAAUGGCUGAAGUGAGCGGGAGCCAGCCCGUCUGGAUUGAGAGCACUAUGGUGCCUGAUCUCAUCGAGUCGUAUGACCGCCUGGCCAAGGGUAUGCCCAUUGGCCGCGCUGCUGAAGUCAAUUUGAGAAACAACCACGCACAGUACAUCUUCACAUGGUAUGGCCUGUCUUUGGCAACAUCCAUUAUGAUGUGGAUGCUUAUCCGGAAGAAGCCUAACGAGGCCUUGCGCCGAGUUCGCCAGAAUAAGAACUGGUAA